AUGCCCAAACGAAACACUAAGCAGGUAAAUGCUAACUCUAGUGAAAAUGAUUCUGAACAAGCCGAGCUCAAACGUCAAGUCGAUCUUUAUAAUAAUCUAGUGGCUCGCCGUGAUGCCAUAACCAACCAAAUUAACCGUUUUCACAGUUUUUUGGAAACCAAGUGCUUAACCCUAAAUGACCCACGUCUAAAAAUUGACCUAAGCGCCCGACUGAACAGAAUUGCAUCUUUAAAUACCGAUUUUGAAUCUAUUCAGCUUGAUAUUGAGCAACUAUGCCUUAAAAAUCAGUUUGACGAAGCGAAUGAGCAGGGCCAGGAAAGAGAGGAAUUUGAAAAUUUAUAUUUUGACAAUAUUUCUCAAGGUAAAUUAAUUCUAGAGAAAAUUAUUGCCGCGCAAACACCAAAUUCGGACGAAAACGCGAAUUCUAGUUCCCCUGUGCAUUCACCAUUUUUUCUAUCUGGUACCCAGUAUGGCCCACGCCUACCUCCUAUCCCUUUACCAAAAUUUAGUGGUUCAUACGAAACGUGGACCAACUUUAAGGACACGUUUAUCUCGCUUAUCGAGAAAAAUUCACAAAUUAAUAACAUAGAAAAAUUUUACUAUUUACAAUCGAGUUUGCAGGGCGAGGCUGCUCAACUUAUUAACUCUUUAGCUACCACCGAAAGUAAUUACAACACCGCCUGGUCUCUAUUACAAGAGCGCUUUGAAAAUAAAAAGGCUAUAAUACAUUCACAUAUUAAAUGCAUCUUUGAUCUUAACCAAGUAAGGGACGAAUCUCACGUAAGUCUUAGAAAACUCUUAGAUGGUUUUCAAAGCAAUUACAAAUCCUUACAAAACUUGGGAGAACCUGUUGACCAGUGGUGUAGCCUAAUAAUUUAUUUACUUACCAUGAAACUAGACUUAAAUAGUCGUAAGGAAUGGGAAUUAUUUUCACGUAGUAUUGACAAACCUAAAACUAGUGAUUUUAUAAACUUUUUAUCGCAACGUUGCCGAUUCCUCGAAUCUUUUGAUUUUAAAUUAAGCAAUAAAAAGCUCCAAAAACCUGAAAAACAUGAAUCUAAAUAUGAACGUAAAACUUUACUUACCUCAAAUAAUUACCCUACUUGUGUCUUAUGUAAAGAAAAUCAUUUCAUAUACUCCUGCCGAAAAUUUCAUGACUUACCAGUAGCCAAUAGAUUUUCGGAAGCUAAGCGUGCCAACCUGUGCACCAACUGUCUACGUCCUGGACACCGUCAAGGUGACUGUAAGUCUUCAUAUUCUUGUCGAGUCUGCAAAGGUAAGCACCAUUCAUUGCUACACAUGCAAACUAAACUCGCACAUUCUCAAGACACACAACCUACUGCUCAAUGCAACACUCAACCUCAGUCUAAUACUCAACCUAACACCGCCUACUCAAGACCUUCUACUUCUACAAAUACCGCAUUUAUCCAGCCAAUUGACGAUGAUCAUAUCGAUUUAACUAAUCCAUCUACUACCACAAAUAACUCUCAAAAUCUUUAUUGUUCAAAUGCAAGCCAAAACUCAUUUAUUCUGCUUUCUACAGCCCUCGUAGAAGUUUUCGAUAAAAACAACCAACCUAUAAAAUGCAAGGCUAUCCUAGAUAAUGGAAGUCAAUCCAAUUUAUUAACCCAAAACCUAUUUAAUAAACUAAACUUACCUUAUUAUCCUAUUAACAUGUCCGUCACUGGAAUAAGCCAAAACCAAACCACUAUUUCUAAACGAACCCAAAUUAAAAUAAAGGCUCUUCCUAAUAAUUUUACUUUCAAGGUAUCUGCCUUAGUUAUACCUAAAAUAACCCAACCAAUCCCUCAAUUAUCAAUCAAUGCUUCCAACCUAAAUAUCCCAAGUGAUCUUAUUCUUGCUGAUCAAGAAUUUUUAAAUCCUGCCUCUAUUGACCUACUUUUAGGUGCAGAAAUUUUCUAUAGCCUACUUAAACCUAGCCAAAUUAAACUCGGCAAAUACAAACCUAUCUUACAAGACACCAAACUUGGAUGGGUUGUAAGUGGACCUAUUCCUAUAUCCUUAUUUAACUUAAAUCUCCAACCUCAGACUUCAAAUGCUUUAACCUGCACCACCUCCGAUAAUGCUCUUCAGAAAUGUCUAGAACUUUUUUGGAACUCUGAAGAAACCACCGAACAACUUCAAAUCAAUAAUAAAUAUUCUCUGGAGGAAACAGAGUGUGAAAACCAUUUUCAGUCUACCACACGCCGGGAUCCUGCAGGAAGAUUUAUUUUAAAUCUACCUCUUAACUCCAAUGUGUUUAUACUUGGAGACUCUUUACAAACCGCACUUAAGCGUUUUAACAGCCUAGAACAAAAACUUGCUAAAAACCCUGAAAUAAAAAAAUCUUACUCUGAUUUUAUCUCUGAAUACGUUUCUCUCGGACAUAUGUCCGAAAUUAACCCGAUAAAUGAUACUCACCUUUCUUAUCCAGCCUAUUACUUACCUCACCACUGCGUUGAAAAGUCCGAUAGCCUAACUACACGGCUCCGAGUUGUGUUUGAUGGCUCAUCUGCUUCUUCUUCCGGUUUCGCUAUUAAUGAUUGCCUCAAAAUUGGACCCACUGUUCAAAAUGAUCUAUUUACCAUCCUACUGCGUUUUCGAGAACACAACUAUGUUUUAACUGGAGACAUCGCCAAGAUGUACCGGCAAUUUUUAAUUGAUUCUAACCAACGAUGCCUUCAACGCAUUUUAUGGCGCAACGAACCUCAAAACCCACUUCUCCAUUAUGAAUUAAAUACUAUAACCUACGGCAUGUCGAGCAGUGCCUUUCUAGCCACACGUUGUCUAAGGCAAAUUUCAUACGAUAUCUCUGAGUCAUAUCCAAUUGAAAGCAACAUCAUUAAAAAUGACUUUUACGUUGAUGACGGAAUAACCGGCUCAUCUACUGAAGAAUCCCUUUUAAAUAUCCGUAACAACCUUGUAAAUAUUUUUAAAUCCUAUGGUCUAGAUUUAAGGAAAUUCUAUUCAAACUCUAAGAUAAUCUUAUCUGACAUGGAUGACCCUGUAAAUAAUGUAAAUAAAUCCCUUGCUUUAGAUGCAACCCAUCAUCACAAAACUCUAGGCAUAUCCUGGAAUCCAGAACAAGAUAACUUUAUCUAUAAUUCUACCAUUAAUCUAAAUACCAAUAUUGUAACCAAGCGUGUGAUCCUUUCACUGAUUUCUCAAAUAUUUGACCCUCUCGGUCUCCUUGGACCUAUGAUCUUGCAAGUAAAACUUCUUUUGCAGAAGCUUUGGCUUCUUAAACUUGGCUGGGAUGAUCCCGUACCUGUAGACAUUUUUAGAAUAUGGAAAAAUUUUACUUACCACUUGUCACUCGUUGAGUAUUUCAAAAUUCCACGCCAAGUAACCAUUAAAAAUUAUACUUACCUGGAACUCCAUGGUUUCAGUGAUUCUUCGAUAAAUGCCUUUGGCGCAUGUGUUUAUGUUCGUACCCUGGACUCCCUAGGAAAUAUUUCCGUCAACUUACUUUCUGCCAAAAGUCGCGUAGCUCCUUUAAAGGCUGUAUCAUUGCCGCGCCUUGAGCUAUGCGGAGCUUUACUUCUCUCCAGGCUAAUGGACAAAAUCCUAAAAUCUCUGAAUUGUAAGCCAAACAAGGUGUACUACUACACUGACUCCACAAUUGUAUUAUGCUGGCUUUCCCUACAACCAAGGCAACUAAAAACAUAUAUUUGUAACCGUGUAUCUGAAGUCCAGAAAACUGCUGAUAUAGAUGAUUGGCAUCACAUCACAUCGAAUCAAAACCCUGCUGAUAUAAUAUCAAGAGGUAUGAGUCCUCAAGAGCUUAAAUCUUGUACUUUGUGGUGGCAAGGUCCAUCAUUUUUAUGUCAACCCGCAGAAUAUUGGCCCACAGAUACUCAUAUUUCCAACUACUCACGCAAGGUUUUCGACAAUGACACCCUCGAAAUGAAUCCUAAGUCAAUCAUACUUGCUUCAACUGUGCCUAAAGUUUCUAUUUUUGAACUAUUUUCGAAUUAUAAUAAACUUAUAAAUGUAGUCGCUUAUUGCUUUAGAUUUUAUCAGAAUCUAAGGUUACCUAAACCUACACGUCAGAUAGGACAAUUAACGUUAUUUGAACGUAAUCAUGCCUUAACCAUUUUAGUAAUCAUAACGCAAGAAGAAGAAUUUGCUUCUGACCUACGAGAUUUAAAGAAUAAAAAUCGUUUGCGUUCUCAAAGUAAAUUAAAGGCUUUAAAUCCAUUUAUUGAUAAAAACGGAAUACUGAGAGUAGGAGGACGGCUCGAAUACUCUUCUCUCGACUAUGAGUCCAAACAUCCUAUACUCUUACCAAAAAGACACCCAUUUACUCGUUUAAUCAUCCUUCAUACUCAUGAGAAAAAUUUCCAUGCUGGUACACAGGCCACAUUGUCUUUCGUGAGACAAACAUUUUGGCCCAUUCAAGGAAAAUCUGCUGUGAAAACUGUAAUUCACAAAUGCAUUACUUGUUAUAAACAAAAUCCUAAACCUUUAAGUACCCUGCUGGGAGACCUACCUAAACCUCGAGUAACUCCUUCUAGACCGUUCACGCAUACCGGUAUGGAUUAUGCUGGGUAUUUCAUGAUAAAAGAUUCAAAACUUCGAAACCGAAAAUUUAUAAAAGCCUACUUAUGUAUAUUUGUUUGUUUAGCCACCAAGGCUGUCCACCUAGAGUUGGUGUCAGAUUUGACUACUCGCGGUUUUCUGGCCAUGCUCAGGCGUUUCGUUUCUCGCCGUGGCUUAUGUCAGCACCUGUAUUGUGACAAUGGCACAAAUUUCGUUGGGGCUAAUGGUGAGUUACAGGAAAUUUAUAAGCUUAAUCAAUCCCCCGAGUUUGAAGAAUAUGCUAGAAAUAAUAUGAUUCAGUUUCAUUUUAACCCUGCUGUUUCUCCGCAUUUUGGGGGGUUAUGGGAAAGUGUGGUGAAAUCGUUUAAGCAUCACCUCCGGCGGGUAAUAUCAAAUGACAAUCCCCUCACUUAUGAGGAGUUUUACACUUUCAUAGUUCAGGUGGAAGCAGUGUUGAACUCACGUCCCCUUUUACCUCUUACUAAUGAUCCCAAUGAUUUUGAAUCCUUGACUCCCGGACACUUCCUUAUCGGCCAUCCUUUAAACCUAGUACCUGACAUUGAUUUGGAGACUACGCCAAUCAACAGAUUGAACCGGUACCACAUGCUGCAAUCUUUAGCGCAACAUUUCUGGCGCAGAUGGUCAGAGCAGUACUUACAUACCCUCCACGAGCGAUCAAAAUGGCGCUUUAAGACCGACCCUGGAAGCCUUCAAGACUCUCUUGUUUUACUGAAGGAAGAGAACAGCCCACCUUCCAAAUGGACCCUUGCAAGAAUUGUCAAUCUUCAUCCCGGGAAGGACGGUAUAACACGUGUUGUUAGUGUUCGUGUUGCAAACGGGAAUGUUUUUAAACGCAGUAUCGUUAAGAUCUGUCCUCUACCUAUUUCAGAUGAGUCUUGCGAAUUCAAGGCUUCUAAAAUGACUUAA